GAAUUGGAUUUAAGUGUUUGAAUAUCAUUCUGAACUCUUAGAACUCGUUUGUUGUUAUGUUUGGGUAGAUUUCUAAGUAUUCGAUUACGGUUCAACAAGGUUAAACACAUUUCGGACUGGGCAAUUCUCUCUGAUCUCUGUUGAAAAUUGCCUUAUUUCUGCGACCCUGAUUUUUCCUUCGUCUCACUUAUUUCUUUAUUUUGUUUAUCAGAGAAUCAGUCCAAGUGAUCUAAGGCAAUUCUAUUUUAAUUCCUAGCUUAUAGGAGUUAUUUUUAUUGAUGGAACAACUUCAAUCAUAUUUAUAUUUGUAGAUUUAAUUGGGGACAAGGCAAUGACUUUGUUUGUUUGUUUGUUUUCCCCCAAAUUGUUCCCUCCCUUAGAUUAACCAAUACCAUAACUUAUGAUAUGUUGAAUUUCCUGAAAAUAGCAGUCUAUAUGCUUUGUAUUUCUAGAUAAUGUUGAGGGUAAUACAUGGUUUAAAACGUGGAUGACUUAGAACCUAAAGAUUCUCACUUUUAGCUACUUUUAUAUAUAUAUAGUAUAGAUAUAAAAUUCUUUUGAAUUGCUUUGCUUAGAUGCUGUCUAAAGCUCUAUUCUUCCGUCUUUCUUCGACGCUGGGGUUUUAGAGGUUCUUUCGCCUGUGGGUUCGAGAAGCCUCCACUUUUUCUCUGCUUGCUUUUUUCCAUUUUGCUACGAGAAUUUUCGCCUUCUUUUUCAGGAUUUCCUUUCCCUUUUCUUCAGACUGCAUUCCUUGAGAAAUUGCGACAUGGGUGGUUUACCUGUUGUAAACUCUUCAUCAGCCAUAGCUUUGCCGGAGUCGAAACAUGACCAAGGGGCAGCAGUGGUGAAGUCUACCCCAGAUGGAAAACCAAAAAAGAAGAUCUGUUGUGCCUGUCCUGAUACUAAGAAGCUAAGAGAUGAGUGCAUUGUGGAGCAUGGUGAAGAAGCGUGCGGAAAAUGGAUUGAAGCUCAUCGUAAGUGUCUUCGUGCAGAGGGAUUCAAUGUCUGAACUUGAUAACCUAAUAAAAUGAAAGAUUUUCUUUUCUGCUAGUCUACAAUUUAACUAUCUGAGGGAUACAGUCAUACAGAUACCAGAGAAUUGAGAAAUAAAGUGAGAGAGAGGAGGUAAAGGUAUAGCCAAAGCUGCAGGGCAGUAAGUACAAUUUGGCUGUGUAUUUUUGUAGGCUCGGACCUUUUUUAUUGACUUACUGUAUUAAUUUCCUCAUGUUAUUCCAACUUUCUUCUUUAUUUUGAUGCCCAUUAGAUCAUCAAUAUCAUGUCAUAUGUUCUAAAUA